AUGGCUCCCGAAAGGUGUGUUUUGGCGGCACUUAGCGUUGCAGCGUUGUUUGCAGUUGUAUCUGGAUGCGAGAAUUGCCCUCCAACCCUAAAUGCUUCAAUGAUGAAGUUGAGUGGUAACAAUAGCAGUGGCGGUGCUCAUACUGAUGUUCUGUGUGCUGCUGGUCCAUCAACGUGUCCACGUGACACACUGAAACUUGCGGCGUGUUCGGGUUUUCUAAACGGGUGGAUGAACUUUUCGACGGGUAUGCCCCCAAGAGCACAAUGUUGCGCUGUGGUCGAUGGCUAUGCAGACUUUGAAGUUGCAGUGUGCCUUUGCACUGCACUCAGAGCAAACAUUAUGGGCUUCAACCUCAACAUUCCGAUCGCCUUUACCAAGCUUAUCAACACUUGCUCAAAGAAUGUCCCAGACGGUUUCAUAUGCAAAUGA